GGUGGUGUUGCCCUGCCUGGGAGGAGCCUAGACGGAUGUCGGAACCUUGGAGCAGAGUAGUUUGGGCAACUCCCGGGACUGACUGGGCGGCAUGGCAGGCCGAGGAAGGGGAAGCGACUGCAGAGACUGGAAGGCAUGUAGGGCAAGAAGCUUGGAUCCGUGGAGAGGCAGAGACCGGGGCUCAAGACUGGAGGGCGGGUGUGACAGUUCUGUGCACUUGCCUGGAGCAGACACUUUCUCCACUGCCCACCAGUAGGCAGAGUGUCUCGCACCCUGGCUAUGUGUAGCCCUAUGGAGGCAGCCCUGCUCCGGCUGGAGGAGAUCUUCUCAACCACCUUUAUUCAAACCAUCCAUUCCAUCCUGCAGCCCCUGGUCUUAGCUGACCCAGAACCCUCAGAUCCCUGUGGCAAAGAGUGCCUUCGGCUUCUGCAGCAGCUACAUGAGAAUGCCCGGCGGUUGUGGGAAGUGACCGAGCAGAGCCUGCUUUCGCUGCGGCAGAGGUCAUGCUGCCAACGUUCCACGGGUCUGGAGGCCGUACUGUUACUGAGCAAUACUGACCGUGUCCUACAAGCCUACGUGGAGUACACCAAGUCUUACACUGACUGCGUGGCGGUGCAAGCCUUUCAGAAGGUCUCAAAGAAGAGGAGGAGUCAGCGCAAGGCACUUUGGCAGCGGUCCUCUGGGAUCUCUGAGGGCUUGGAGGGCACCACGCUGUGCAAGGACCUCUACCAGCCAUUCGUCCACCAUGUGCAGCAAUACAUGCGCCUCCUGCUGAGCCUCAGGGACACCCUUGAUGAGAACCACCCAGCCCAGAAACUGGUGAUGUGUGCAGUUACCCUGUUUAGAAACCUUGAGUACUUCAUGAAGCAGGCCUUGGGCCAAGCUGUGGCCACACAGGCCCUGUGGCACAGCCUCAGCAGCCGGCUGAGGGAUGUGCUCUGUACCCCUACUCGCCGACUCUUACAGGAUAGCCAGGACAUCCCUGUGGUGGUCACCUCACUGCAGGCUGAGCGCGUGCUGCUCUUUGAUGAUGCCCUUGUCCUGUUACAGGACCACAGUGUCCACACUUUUGACCUGAAGUUGGUGUGGGUGGAUCCUGGCCAAGACAAGUGUGUGCUUCACAUCCUCACACCUGAAGAAGAGUUCUCCUUUGUCGCCAGUAACCCCAAAGGCCAGAUUGCCUGGCAGCGGAAGAUGACCCAGGCUGUGUCCCAAGCCCUAUGUGGCAAGAAGGACUUCCCUGUGCUGGGAUCAGACCAGGAGCCAUCUAUGCCUCCUGAGUGUCGCUGUGUGGCCUAUACUUUCCACCGUGAGGGCCGGCUCUACCAGGCUACCUAUGAAGGCGAGUGGCGUCAGGCCAAGCCCCAUGGCAAGGGAACCCUGAAGUGGCCAGAUGGGCGGAACCAUGUGGGGGAUUUCUGCCAGGGCCUGGAGCAUGGCUUUGGCAUCUGCCUGGUGCCCCAGGCCUCUGAGGACAAGUUUGACUGUUACAAGUGCCACUGGCGGGAAGGCAGGAUGUGCGACUACGGCAUCUGUGAGUAUGGCACUGACCAGGUGUACAAGGGCUAUUUUCAGGCCGGUCUGCGGCACGGAUUCGGCAUCCUCGACAGUGCUCCACAGGCCCCCCAGACCUUCAGGUACACGGGCCACUGGGAGAGAGGCCAGAGAAGUGGCUACGGCAUCGAGGAGGACAGGGACAGGGGUGAGCGCUACAUUGGCAUGUGGCAGGCUGACCAGCGUCACGGCCCAGGUGUCGUGGUCACCCAGGCAGGCGACUGCUAUCAGGGCACAUUUCAAGGGGACAAGAUGGCUGGCCCAGGCAUCCUGCUAUGUGAGGAUGACUCUCUGUACGAAGGUACUUUCACCAGAGAGCUGACACUCCUAGGAAAGGGCAAGGUCACCUUCUCCAAUGGCUUUACCUUGGAUGGUUCUUUCAGCAGUGGGACAGAUAAAGGACUGUAUACACAGGGAGUGCUGGACAUGGCUGCCCUCCCGCCCAACCCAAGCAGUACACGAAAGAGACAGCUGGGACUGGGUGCCUUCCCUGUGGAGAGCCGCUGGCAGGGAGUCUACAGCCCCUUCCGGGACUUCGUACGUUUAGGCUGUCCUGGGGAACUGCAGGAAGCCCUCCUGGGCUUCCAUGUGCAGAGCUCCAGGGAGCUACGCAAAUCCCAGGAGUACCUGUGUGAUGAGAGGAGUGACCCCAAGGACUGUGUGGGCAGCAUGGAAGAUAUCCUGAAGGAGCUGCUGCAGCACCGCGAGCCAAAGGCCCUGCAGCAGUACCUCGGGAAGGCUCUGAGCAAUUCCCAACACCCCCUGGGGAAGUUGCUCCACACCCUGAUGCUGACCUUCCAGGCCACAUAUUCAGGCAUAGGGGCCAACAAACACCUGCAGGAGAUGGCCCAGGAGGAGGUGAAGCAACAUGCCCGGGAGCUUUGGGCUGCCUACAGGGGUUUGCUGAAGGUUGCCUUACGGCACCAGGGCCAGUCCCUGGAGGAGGAGAACACGGAGACAAGGAACCUACAGGUACACGGGCUGCUGUUGCCUCUCAUCCUGCCCAGCUUCUACUCAGAGCUCUUCACACUGUACCUGCUUCUCCAUGAGAGAGAGGACGGACUGUACAGCCGGGGCAUCACCAACCUCAGCCUGUUACCGGAUACCAAGCUGCUGGAGUUCCUGGAUGUGCAGGAGCAUCUGUGGCCACUCAAGGACCUCAAGCUGACAAGCAAUCAGAGAUACUCUCUUGUCCGGGACAAGUGUUUCCUGUCAGCUACUGAGUGUCUGCAGAAGAUCAUCACUACAGUGCACCCUCAGGAGAAGCUGGAGACACUUGAGAAGACCUAUAGAGAAAUUGAGGCCACAAUGAAACGGGUGCUGGGGCCUGAAUACAAACUGCCCAUGGAUGACCUAUUGCCACUGCUUGUCUACGUGGUGUCUCGAGCUCGAAUUCAGCAUCUGGGAGCUGAGAUCCACCUGAUCCGUGACAUGAUGGACCCCAUCCACACAGGUGGCCUCCAUGACUUUCUGCUCACAACUUUAGAGUCCUGUUAUGAGCACAUCCAGAAGGAAGAUAUGAGGCUGCACCGCCUGCCUAGCCACUGGGGCCCUAGAGAACUCUGGUGACACAGCCACUCUGGACCAAGUGCCUGCUGUGGACUUUUGUGAAGCAAGCACUGCCCACCUGCUCCCCGCUGCCGUGACUGAGGCGGGCUGUAGAGAUGGGUCUCAAAGGAGAUGGUGUUUUGCUUCCUACGGGGACACACACCUAGCUGCUGCAGUGUGACCCCAGGGCUCGUGGCUCUCCUUGGGCCUCUAGUCUGGGCUCUGAUAACCCUUUCCCCAGAAUUAGCACCAUCUUGGUUGAGGAGCCCUGGUUCCACUUAGCCUCAGCCCUUACUCUGUAACCAUCAGUCUCUGGGUUGCCUGGUGAAUGAUGGAUGGUCUCCAUCAUUCUUCCAGUCCAGUUCACAGCAGCCCUUCCCUGAGAUCUGGCUUCAUUCAGUUCUUUAGACUGAAAUGGAAAUUCUCACGUCACUGUUCAUCUCAUUUUUCUCUCCUCCUGUCCUGAAGGUCCCAAGCUGCAGAAGGCUCUGUUUGCUCAGUUCUUUCUCAUGAGGAAAGCUGUUUCCUCCUCCUCAGCUGCAAUUCAGGCUUGAGCUGGCCACUCAGUAGGACCUCGGGCAGGAAACCAUGCCUAGCUGCCCAGUUGCCUCUGGCUGGCCCUACCCUUUGCAAAGGCAUGGGAUGUAAACACCAGCAGUCAUUCACCUGGCCUGGCUUGCCAGCAAACAUACGCGAGACACUUUCUGACCUCGCUGUGGGAGAGAGAGCCCGGAUAUCCAAGGCUUGCUAGCGCCCAGGCAGAUGAACAUCUCUGGCUCAGGACCAUGAGUAAGUCUGGUCACAGUGCUGAGUUCUGGGUCACUGUUCCUGGCUCUGGGUAUGCCUCCCACCAAUUCUGCCUGUGUGGGAAGGGCCGAAGGAGAUGUUGAGAAAGGUACAUGCCUAAGCCUGUGGGAGCCUCUGGGAGGGGCACCUUCAGAGCCUCUCAGAAAAUGUGGAGCCCUGUGUAGAGAGCUGGUGGUUCUCCUACUCUGUCAAACCCCAGAGAAAGCAAAGAAAAGGCUUUCUCUGGCUAGAUCCACCAAAUAUUUCAUCACGAACAUAGGACCUGGGCUCGAGUUCUACCAGAAACUUGUGACCCUAGGAAGAUCCUUGGAAGGGUUAAACUGAUGGAGGCUCCUCUCUCAAAAGCAGCCCUAAGUGCCUGUGACACAGUUCAGCUGUGACAAAACCCUGCCACCCACCCUCCUGCCCCCAACACUAACUGAACUUAGGCCUCCGGCCUUUGUGAGUCCACAGGAUUUCCAUAAUGCCCUGGUGGGUUCCAGGAGUAGCCAGGGCUAUAGCAGACGCUUCAGACAAAUUCAACAUGUAAAGGGCAUGCAGGAAGGAAACUGACUGACAGCGGAAGUGAGUGCUAGUCUGCCAUCUGCAUUUGGUGCUUCAGGAGGCCAAUGGGGAUGAGUUCACCUACAGUCAGUGCAGGAUCUCAGCGAUGGCCUCUCCCAGAUGGAUUCUUCUAUGGGUGAUAGCUGUCCAGCCUAGAACAGCUGUUUUUUGACCUAUGAGUCAUGCAAGAAGGCAGUCUGAAGAGUUCAUAGUUGUUAGCAUCAGUACCCUAACUGCCUAGAUCCAAUAGGUAUAGCCAAGAAAUAAGAGAAUCAGCAGGCCAGAUGUCUCACUCACUUCAUGGCUUCCCAGAAGGUAGACCUGGAGUCAGGAGGCAAGACUGAGAGCCAAGACACUGCUAGCCUCCUACAUCUUCGCUGGGCCUUUUUCUUCCCCAUCCUGCCUCAUUGUGUGUGUGUGUGUGUGUGUGUGUGUGUGUGUGUGUGAUUUCUCCCUACUUUUCUGGUGGAUGGCCACAACUACAGUCUACUUAUUUAUUCAGGAUUUUUAAUAAACCCGUUUCAUCUUUA